CAGCAUUCUGAUUCCUUCCUUUCCUACUGCAUUGACAGCAACCACAUCAAGUCGUCAACAAACACCCGCCAAAUUAACCAAAAAGCUGCAGGGUCAAACUAUCAAAGUCCACUAUUUUCUAUGCUAUUCUUGCAAUCAAAAGACUUCUCUUGUUGUCUGAUACUCUCCAGUCCAAAUUUCCAUUUUCUUCAUCGAUCAAUUCGAUGAAGGAUACUCUAAUUCCCAAAAAACUCACUAAACCCAUCAAGAAAACCACCACCGCCACCAGUAUCAUAAAAAGAAAAUUUAAGACGACAGCAAAAGUCAAUCCCAGGGCUAACCCCAGUUCAACAAUCCCAGAAUCUGACUUUCGAGAUGAUGAUGAUGAUAAUGAUUUAAAUCCCAGUUCUUCGUUGUCUACAUUCUUUGAGAAAUGGCCAAUCUUGUCCCCUGAUUUCUACCAAAUUGAUGCCCUUGAUCUUGCCCCACUUUUGCUUGGAAAGUACCUCAGAAGAGACGAUGUUGUUCUUCAGAUAACUGAGGUGGAAGCUUAUAGGCCAAAUGAUUCAGCUUGCCACGGUCGAUUUGGCAUGACAGCAAGAACAGCACCAGUUUUUGGACCUGGUGGACAUGCAUAUGUUUACCUUUGCUAUGGUCUCCACACCAUGCUCAAUAUUGUCGCGGACAGAGAAGGAGCAGGAGCAGCUGUGCUAAUUCGUUCUUGUGCCCCAAUCAGUGGGCUCAAAACCAUUCAACAACGUCGAGGUAUAGUGACUGAGAAGCCUGUUCUUCUUACAGGGCCAGGAAAGGUUGGUCAAGCAUUAGGAAUUUCAACAGAUUGGUCUAACCAUUCCCUAUAUACUCCUGGUGGUUUAGAGCUCCUAGAUGGACCACGGCCAGAGCAUGUACUUGUUGGUCCAAGAGUUGGAAUAGAUUAUGCUUUGCCAGAACAUGUCAACGCAUUGUGGAGGUUUGCAAUUGCUGGUACCCCUUGGAUAAGCGCUCCCAAAAACAAGCUGAGACCUCCCUAGCUACUCCGGACGCCAUCUGACACUGGAUAGGGAAUAUCUCGAAGAUGGAAACAGGAUCGUAAUGCCUCCCUCGGCACUUGAACGCUUAGUCUAUAUGGACAACAUCCAUGGUGUUUGAGAUUAAAAAACCAACUACCACUGCUGCCGCCGCCAGCACCAACACCACCACCACCAACACCAGGGGCAGGCGGGACGAUAACGAGGGUGGCUCUCAACAAGUUUCUCAUUGUGGCGUUCUAGAGUUCAGUGUGGAUGAGGGUUUUGUUUACGUGCCAGAAUGGAUGAUGAAAAACUUGCAAAUUCAUCCUGGUUCAAUCGUGGUGUUGAAGUAUGUAACUCUUCCCAGAGGAAGUUUUAUGAAGAUUCAACCACAUAGGAUGAACUUUAUCAAACUACCUGAUCCUAAAGAAAUCCUUGAAACAGCACUGAAAGAUUUUGCAUGUGUGACUGCUGGAGAUACCAUCAUGAUCACUCAUCAGUAUAACCGGUAUUACAUUGACAUAUUGGAAACAACCCUUCGAAUGCUAUUUCGCUUUUUGAGACAGAUUGUGAGGUUGAUUUUGCACCUCCUUUAGACUACAAAGAGCCAGAAAAGCAACCUCCAUCAUCAGUUGUGCGUGCUGCCAUGGACGCUGAUCCCCGAAAGGUUCAAGAAAAACAAACAUCAGCUCAAGAUGAUGAUCAACAGCCUAAGUUCAAGCCGUUUGUGGGUGCUGCCAGAAGAUUGGAUGAGCAACCUGGAAGUAUUGUGCCUCGUGCAGCUUCUUCUACUCCUCCCUCUUCUCAACUGCCAGUUAAAGAAUCUAGCAAUAGAAUGGCAUCUGAAGCACAACCCUUAUCCAGAAAGCGUGCUGGAAAGCUAGUGUUUGGUCCUGAAGAAGUCGGUAAUCAGCCAAGUAAAUCAAGGAGGAUCUCUGAAGAACUAGAUAACAAAAAGAAUGCAACUAGUGUUGAAAAUAAGUUCAUACCAUUCACAGGAAAGAAGUAUACGUUGGGCGGGUAUCAAACUCAAUUCUGCGGGAGAGAUCGCACGCUUGCGGCAAAUUCUGCUUAGCCAUGCGGGAAAUCUGUUUCCUCAAUGAAUAGUAGAUGCACAGGCAUUAUUUGUAUAUUUGCUUCCUUUGUUUUGAUAGGAAUUAUACAUGAAUUUCGUAGAGAUCAAGAAAACAAAGUAUUUAAAUUCUGUGCUUCAGAGUUUAUGAAAUUGUUGAUAACUUGGUAACAUACUUUCAC